GCAUUAUCACAAUGACAUCAUGGUCUGACUCUGCAGCAUUGCAUCGUAGAUAGGGCAUGUAAACGGGUGAAAAGAAAAAGGACAUGGAUACAAAUAUAUUUCAUUUCUCAAUAAAAAAGACUAUCAUAAGAAUAAGGAAGCGCUGGUAAUAUACGCAAGUAAAGCAACCGAAGACAGGACCCUCUUAUUCCAGUGCAUAUUAAGGUAUUCCACGGAUAAUCCAUAGUUCCGCCGUGUUCGCCAUGGCUAACUCAUGUGGGACAGUGGAGAUGGCGUCAUUGGAAUGUGCUGCCUCGAAUCUGGCAUGUGAAGCAUCACCGGAGCCUGACAGUGGGGCGCUGAGGAUGGUACUGGUGGGGAAGACAGGCGCAGGGAGAAGCUCUUCUGGUAACACCAUCCUAGGGAGGCAGGCAUUCCGGGUGGACAUCUCUUCAUGUUCUGUAACUGGUCAGUGUGACAGACAGAGUGGAGCUGUGGCUGGGAGGAACCUCACUGUGGUCGACACCCCAGGGUUCUUCGACACGCGCCUCUCCCCUCAGGAGGUGACGGCUGAGGCAGGACGCUGUGUGGUGCUGUCCGCCCCUGGCCCCCACUCCUUCCUGGUGACCCUUCAGCCUGGCAGGUUCACUCAGGAGGAACGGGAUGCCCUAGAGUGGGUCAAGGCCACUUUUGGACCAGGAGCCCUCAGAUACACAGUAGUACUGUUCACCUGGGGUGACCAGCUUCAGGGAAAAAGCAUGGAAGACUUCCUGAAGGAGAGCCAAGAGCUCCAGGAGUUUGUGAGUAGAUGUCAGGGGGGCUACCAUGUCUUCAACAACAGCAACAAGAUAACAGACUGCACUCAGGUCACAGAGCUCCUGGAGAAGAUAGACAAGAUGGUGGCGCAGAACGGAGGUGGCUUCUACACCAACGAGAUGUACCAUGAGGCAGAGAGAGCCAUCAGAGAAGUGCAGGAAGGAAUUCUGGGAGAGAGAAGGAUGACUCCAGUGAAGCAGGAGGAGGAUGGGGUGAAGACAGGGCCAGAGCCUCAGGGACCGGAGGCAGAGAGAAUGAGAAGGAGGGAAGAGGAGGAGAGGAGAAGAGAGGAAGAGGCAGCCAGAAAGAAGGCAGAGAAGUUGUUCUGGUGUGAGCUGGUGUCUGCCCUGGGGAAGGGGGCGGCAGAGGGAGCUGGAGUAACAAGCAAAGGGAAAGGGAAAGCAGUGAAAAAGGUUAAGGCGAUAGAGAGGGCAGCAGCUUUGGCUACCACACCGCUGUCAAUCACAUCAGCUGCCAAAGUGGUGGGAGGAGCUGUGAGAGAGGGAAGUAAAGUGCUUUACAAACACCGCAAAACUCUCCUACACUGACGGGGACUUUUAAUAUCCACUAUUAUUCACUGUAUGGUGCUGGGUUAUCAGGUAGAAGAUGAGGGUCUUAAAUAACCAGUAUAUUUUGUUCUGUCUCUGAAGUGCUAAUUAGUUUCACACACUUAUUCAUCACUCAACUGUGUUCCCUGAAAAAUCAUCACAAUGACUUCAUAAGGCAGGCUUGCUAAAGAGCGCCGAUGCACUUUCUUCCAUUGACAGUCAUAGUUGAUGAAGCUAUUAAUGCACUAACACACGGAGGUAAAUGAGUGAAUAAGAGUUGAUAGAAUACAAAAUGCAGUGUAAUACCAGUGUAAUGGAACUGUCACCAUCAUCCUUAGAAGCCCAGCCCUGACAGUUGAGGAAGUGAUUCUAUUUGACCAGGUUGUCACAGUGCCACGGGAGUAAACAGGCAUUCAUUAUUGAAUACUCAAUAGAAAAGUAAGUGUGCUGUGAAUUUUUGAAUGGUGUGAAUCAAUUGUGUGUGUGGUUUUGAGUGGUGUAAUCACUUGUGUGUGUGGGGG